CCUAGCAGGCGAAGCGGAUAGAGAUCAGAGGGCAGAUGAGUGCACUGAGCGCUGCAGAGCGACAGUUUCACGGCAUCCUGCGACGAUCUUACGCGUUCGCUGCGGUCCUGAGACACCGCCCUAUCACGUACGGUCGCGCCCGGACAGCUUUGCUCCGCUAGGCUCUCCCCUUGAGGCGCUCUGUCUCUUGCCGCCUUAGCAGCUGCUCGACGCCAGACCCUUAAACGGCGCGCGCAGACCGCUGAAUACGCGCGCCCUACCUGUCACGUCGACAGCGAAACGGCACCGAGGCCACCCAAGGCCCCCGAACCCGUAACGGCGAGCGCGCCACCGCCCUGCGUGGGCGGGAACCACCAACGACGAUGUACAAACGAUUCGUGAUAGCCGCGGCCCUCGCGCGCGCGCUCCAACCUCAUAUAAGGCGCCGCCACCGGAGCCGGCUGAACAGAGCCACGUCCGCCGACGAAGACGGCAUGGUUUGUACCCUUGAGAGGUUAUAUGGUACUACCUCCGUGUGGGGCGACUUGGACGCCGCGGAAGCGAGAGCUUUGUACCAGCAGCUGCUCCCGCGCGUUCUAGCAUUACCGUCGAAACCACCGCUCAAUGCGCGACCUUUGACACGCGCGGCACGAAAACGUAGAUUAGCUCAACUCAAAAAUUGGCGCGCCAAUAGGAACUCGCGGUCGAUAGCGGAUCUGCGCUCUAGAGCGACUGCGGCAGCUGUGGCGCGGCGAGCGGUCCGCAAGUACGUGCGAGGGCGAUCGAUCCUCCCGCUACGCGCGUUGACGCACGCCGGCGACGGCGUAAGGACGUACGGCAAGACCGGCCGGUGGCGUCUGUACGGAGAGACGACGGAGGAGCUCGUGGCGCGGUACGCGUCCGCAGCUCGAGAAAGAGCAGCUCUCUGUGAUGGAGACAAUUGCGUCGCGCCCGAAGACGCGGUGCGCGAGGCCUACGCGGUUUUAUUGGAGAAAAGUUGCUCGACCAAUGAAUUCUUGGACAAUUUGCUGCUCCAAAGCUCGUCCAGUGAACUGAACGACGCGCUGCCCGCGGCGGAAAGGUUCUGGCGCGAGCUCCCCUUCCGGCCGUCGAAACUCUUUCCGGCCCUCGAGGCGUUGCAGCAUAGAGCCGCGCGCAACGAUCAACACGUGACGGAAUCGCGGCCCUGCGACGACACGGACGACGUCUGGAACGCGUUCCUGCUGCGCUGCGUCGAGCCGCCCGAGGAAGGCCAAAAGGGCGAGGGCGUCCUCGCCUGCCGCACGUCGGGUUUUGUAUUAGCGCCGGCCACGCGCGCGCGCUGGAUCGCGCGGGCGGCCCAUAGAAGGGCGCAAAAGUUCCGCAAGCCGUCGCCGCAGGACGACGGCGGCGCGUUCGGCGAGGCGUUCGCGGCGACGUGAGUAGUGUCUUCCUCCCUAAGUCCUCCUUCU